AUGGCAGAAAACUUUGUGCGAAUCAGGCGAGGUGCGCAUCAGCCCCUCAGGCGGACACGCAGCAGCUUCCUCAGACUAUCAGAAAAGACACAGCCAACGUUUCUUCAACUGUAUCACACUGUCUGGACAGAGAAAGGACAGCUUGUGGACUGCACAGUGAGUGAUGAAUCGACUGUUACUGAGAGCUAUUUGACUCGUUGCCGGGACGAGGGAGCCAGGAAUUUCUUCAACGUUCCAGACAAGCGCUUUAACGUCGGCGUGCUCUUUGCACCGGGUAGCUCAUGUGCAUCUUCUUUCGUCAUGGGAGCCGAAGCAUCUAAACGCCAAAAGAGAGACCUGCAGGUUCAUGACCAAACCGCGAGCGAACAUCACAGCUUCCAGGAUAGUUCGAGAGUGAAGCUUCAGCGCAAGAAGCGCGCAUGGAUAGUUCCCGGGACAGUCUGGUGUGGCUCUGGAAACAAAGCAACUCACUACGAUGACUUAGGUGUGUUUAUGCAGACGGAUAGGUGCUGCCGGGAGCAUGACCACUGCGAAGAAACCAUCUCCGCCUUUAGGUCCGGCUAUGGCAUCUUCAACCGCAACUUCUUCACUGUCUCACACUGCGACUGCGAUCAUAGGUUCCGCAAGUGUCUCCUGGGAGCCAAUGACACCAUCGCCAACCUGGUGGGCUACAGCUACUUCAACAUCCUGAAGACCCCUUGCUUCAUCUUCGACCAGAAAAUGCAGUGCACCCAGACCAACUGGUGGGGCAUAUGCACAUUGUCCCAGAUGACUCAAUUUGCCAUAAUGCAGGAUCCUACUGUGUACAACUCCUCUCACUCAGCAACAGAAGAUGAGGAGUCAGGCGUUACCUCUGUCCCAUCAGCCACUGCUGGACACUCGAAUGUCACCUCAGCCUCCGCAGCCCCUACGGUACGGCCUGUCCAGAACGUCACGUCUUCCACAAGAAAAGACAGCAAGCCACCAAGCCGAAGACCCAAACCCGGGAGGCGAUGUCGCCCCAGGGGCCCAGUUCGAGGGGAGACCUUCAGGUUCGGAAAGGUGCGGGGGCCGAGGAGGAGAGUAUGUGUGGAGCAGCCAACUGCUUCUACACAGAGACCAUCCACUGCACCAGUGUUACAGCUCACUACUGUCAGCACAGCAGGAAGAGAGGACACUACUUCCCUUCCUACACAGAUGGGUCACCCUGGCUCAGAGAAUGCACUGCCCACCAUCCAGCCCAGGAUCCAGGACAUGGUCCCAGACAACCACCUUGUACCCAUGGAGGAUUCCAGACAAAGAGACAAACUGCAGCCCUGUGACUGUUACAAACACUUGGAUGAGUGCAGGCUCAAGAUUCUUCCUCAGGAGGAGAGAUUUGGCUUGCGCAACCUGGAGCACAAAACCCUGUACCACUGUAAUUGUACACAAAGAAUGGCCCAGCAGCUUAGUCAGCUCAAGGAGCCAGAUGGUGUGCAGUCUCUGCUGGUGGACUUUGUAUCCCUGUCUUGCUUCAAAAUUCCGAACCCUGAUGAGUGCACUGGGAGAACAAGAUGCUCUGCCAUCCUCUCUGAAGCUUCCCAACUCCGUCUUGCCCUGACAAGGACGGGCGACACGGGGGCAGGGAAACAGCUGGAGGGACCAAAUCCCAAAGUCAAGAGGCACAACACAAAGAGAUCCAAAAGAAAGCACGUUCCAGUCAGGCUCUACAAAAGAUGCCUGAGGAUAAUGGAUUCCAAGGCAGCAAAAUUGGACAAGACUAGCAUGUCUUGA